CUCUUUAUUCGUUGAAUCCAUCCUGAAUCAACCCCAUCAGCCCACACCAUGAUCCCUACGAAGCGAUCCUCGCCAUUCACACGCGCGCGUUCAUUUCAGACCACCCAGACACGUGGCGGCCAGGGAGGCGAGGAGGGUACAGAGGGAGGUCCACCCUUCAGCAAACGCGCCAGCUUCACCAGGACCAUGUCAAGUCCCUUCCAGGUUGUCAACCCGUCCCGAAAGAACGUUAGGAAUCCAUUCGAAAAGCUCACUGCAGCCAGCGCCUCGACUUCUACUUUCGCAAUCGAUAUAGUCCAGCAGAGUAACAAAGUGGAAGAGUCCGAGACCUGGCCUUGGAUCCCAACAGGACCCUGCAAAUGUUUUCCUACUCUCAGCCAGCGACAGUAACUUCAGGAACUUUAAACACGCCACUGCAAGAGGAAGGCGAUGAGGAUCUCGAGGAAGAAAUCGACGAAGAUGAGCCAGCAGACAUCGAGCGGUCCGACUCUGCAGCAAACAUUGAACAACUUGAUCACCUCUCUUUGUACCCUGCAAGACCACGCCUACAAGAAGCAUUAGAGAAAUCGGCUAGCAAGAAGAACGCGCAGACCACCCAAGAACUGCAAGCACCGGAAUUAUCAAGUAUCACUUCAAAAAAACAAGGAACAGAGUACAAGUCAUCAUAUAGCAUACCGCUGGACUGGACCCUCAGGACCUCAAUUUCCAUAUCUUCACCGGACACCCUUGCAUGGUGCGAUCAGGGCUCGCCCAUAGAUGAAAUCAAGGCACUACAUCAUUUUGUCUCUAAACCCCGGUCCUUACAGACCAACAACACCAGCAGCAGUAACAAGAGUGGUUCUGAACGAGGCAAUGACAAUACCACACCUACACGAGUACUACUCUUGGCAGCAACAUACCACUGGAUCUACCCACCCAACAAUCCAACUAUACCUCAGGCCCAGAGUAUCAGCAAGCUACUCAAAAAUACAGGCAAUAUGUCAUCAGGCGAGAAGAACGGCAUUUCAGAUAUGUUCUCAAGAUCCACAGAAUGGAAGCAAGCGUUCAAAGCACUGUACCAAUCUUUUCGCAACGGAGCAUGCCCGUAUUUUUAUUACGUCGGCACUACAUGGACGAUUCUUUUUUUGCAUGGAACCACAUCUCUAUCAGGCGACCUCGAGGCCAUCCUGACGAACUCGACCCCUGGACUACGAAAAGUACUGCAGGAAGAAGACAUCAAGUUCGAGAGAUUGCCGGAUGUUACUCGCAAAACGACGAUUCAUAACUUGAGCUCGAAACGAGAUCUGGAAAACUUCGAUGACAAUGAUCCGGAUACAACGAAAGAACCCAAUGUGACCACAGCAACAGCAUCUCAAAUGGACGAUCGAGAUCUGUCGGAUGCCCUCUUGUUCAAGGGAUUAGUGAGCGUUCACGGACUCUUUGGAUACCUUUUGAACUUGAAAACAUCCUACGAAGACGGCUUCCUCUAUCAAUCUCCCACUCUCAUCGCCGACGUCCCCUUCCUUCAUGGUGCACUCAAGCGGGCGCAGAUCUCCAAGUGCAGGGUCGUUAGCAAGCAUAUCGAAGGAACUGAUAAGAUGCAGCGCGAGUUCAGAGUUGAUAUCCAUGGCACACUCCUCCCUACGUCCACGAGGGAGCUCUGUAACAUCUUUGCCAAUCAAUACCGUCAAUCUACAGGAUACACCUACGUGGCAGCAAGUGACCCACGCUCCUUUGGCUUGAACCUGCGACCGCUUUUGGCAGCUCGGGAACUCACCUCAGAAAGCACUACAUCACCGUCGCCAUAUAUAAGUCCCAAAGCAAUGGACCAGAUGCGAUACAAUCACGCCACCAAGCAGUUUACUUGGUUGUCAUGAUGAACAUCCAUGACUUGUAUAAAUAGUGCGAACCAUGCCGAUGAAUCUCACAAAAUGAACGGUGCCUUUCCUGCCAUUUGUUCCAUUAUUAUUU